AUGCCACCACCACCUCACAGAAACCAGGCGUUCCGCCCAGAAAACGUCUUGAAGCGUGCUGAAGACCUUAUUGGUGUUGACGAAAAGGAGGCUGCUCUCGAGACCUUGUAUGACCUUAUCACGUCGAGAAGAACCCGUCACUUGCAAGUCGUAGACUUGGAGCCUAUUGGCUUGUUGCUUAUCGAGUUGGCGGUUGACUUGAGAAAGGGAAAAGUGGCCAAGGAUGCUUUGCACCAGUACAAAAAGAACGUACAGGCCUCCGAAAACGGCUUGGAGUCGGUCCAGGUCAUUGUCCGCAAGUUCAUCCUGUUGGCAGAGAAGAAGUUGAAUGAGGCCCAGUCUAAGGCCGACACAAAAAUCGACCAAGACGAGGAAGAGGACUUCGAGGCUGCACAGACGCCUGAGAGUAUCUUGCUUUCCACGGUGUCGAACACCGAUUCCACGGACAGAACCGAGAGGGAGUUGGUGACGCCAUGGUUGAGGUUCUUGUGGGAGGCCUUGAGAGCCGUGUUGGACAUCUUGAGAAACAACUCCAAGUUGGAAGUCACUUACUCCGCUAUCGUUAACCUGGCCUUCCAAUUCUGCUUGAAAUUCAACAGAAAGGCCGAGUUCAGAAGAUUGUGUGAGCUCUUGAGAGUCCACAUGCAAUCUGUCACCACGCAGGUUGUCACAAAGCCCGCCGUGCCAAACCUCCACGCCAUUGACUUGUCCGACGCCGAGACCGUGCAGCGGUACUUAGAGCAACGUUUUACUCAGUUGAACAUUUCCGUCAAGUUGGAGUUGUGGCAAGAGUCUUUCCGGUCCGUGGAUGAUGUGCACACUUUGAUCACCGCUUCGAAGAAAGCACCAAAGCCUGUCAUGAUGGCUAACUACUACGAGAAUUUGGCCCGGAUUUUUGCUGUGUCGGAGAACACCUUGUUCCAUGCCGCUGCUUGGAAUAAGUUUUUCACUUUGUUCUCUCAGUCACCGAACGCCACUGACGAAGAGUUGAGACACUACGCCUCUGUGCUCGUGUUAGCGACUUUGGCCGUACCCACUAAAUCCUUGAAUGUCAACGAGACUGUGGUAGACGACCAAAAGGCCAAGAACUCCAAGUUGACCUCUUUGUUGAACUUGAACCAAGUUCCCACCAGAGAGAGCUUAGUCUCUUCUAUUGUCUCGAAAUCUAUUUUGGACUUCGUGCACCCCGCGGUCAAAAAGUUGUUUGAGACCAUGAGCGACCUUGAGUUCCACCCUUUGACUGCCAAGGAGAAUGUCGCUGAGGUUUUCGAGGAGAUCAAGGAUGACAAGGCUUACAGCAAGUACAUUCCAACCUUAACUGAAGUUGUGUUGAUCAGGUCUUUCCAACAAGUCUCCCAGAUCUACGAAGCUGUCAAGUUGGACUUUUUAGUUUCCUUGGGACAAAUCGGUGCCACUGAAUUCACUUUGUCGCCUUUGGAAGUUGAGGAUUUGAUUGUCAACGCGGUGAAGAAGGGCCACUUGUCCAUGACCAUUGAUCAUGAGACUCUGGUCGUGACUUUCAAGUCCAACCCGUUCGAAGAUUCUUUCGUUGACUCCUUGUCCUCCAGGUUGCAGGCCUCCCCAGCAGAGAUUGUUAGGACUCAAUUGUCUAAAUUGGCCUCCACUUUGUCAACCUCAUACAAGGUGAUCGACACACAAGCCGAGGCUCGCCAGAAGCAAAGACGCGACUUUGCCUUCCACAAUGCUCUUGAAGGGUUCUUGAAUGAACAAAGAGAACUUGCCGAACGCGUUAAGAUCUUGGAAAAGCGCAAGAAGGCAGCCGAGAAGCUUAAGCGUGAACAAGAAGAACAGGCUGCCAAGGAGAAACAAGAAAGAUGGGCUGCUGAGCAAAGAGCUGAAGCUGAGAGAUUGGUUAAAGAGCAAGAAAGAAAGGACCAAGACAGAUUAGAGAGAGAGAAGAAGGCCAUCAAGGAGCAGGAUAAGAGAAAGAUCGCCGAGGAAAUCAACGCCAAGGGUAUCAUUAAGAUUGACUUGAACGACUUGGAGAAGUUGGAUUCUGCGAAGUUGCAACAGAUGCAAGUCGACCAAUUGAACAAGGACAGAAAAGUAUUGGAAGCGAAGAUGAAGGUGGUGUUCAAGAAGGUUGACCACAUGGAGAGAGCUCAAAGAAAAUAUGAAUUGAAGCUUUUGGAGCAGGACGCGGAGGCCCAGAAGGAGAGGGACGCCCAAACUUACGAAGAUUUGAAGCAAGCUAAGAUCGAGAAGGCGAGGAAAGAGUUCAAAAACUCUACAUCUUUGAAAGAGCGUUUGUCCCGUGUUCUUCCGGACUACGAAUCUUACAAGCAUACUAUUGACGAGCAAAAUGCAGCUAGAGUUGCUCAAUUGAAGGCUCAUGCCAAGGCUGAAUUAGAGAAGGCCAAGGCCGCUCGGAUUCGACAAGUGAAGGAGCAGCGCAUGGAGGAAUUGAGAAACAGGCGCGAGAGAGAGAGAAUUGCUGCUGAGGAGGAAGCACGUCAAAAGGCCAAGGAGGAAGAGUUGGCGAGAUUCAAGGAGGAGUUGAGACAACAGAAAGAGAAAGAUGCCGAGCUUGCAAAGAAGAGAGCGGAGAUGCAGGCCGAGAUGCAAGCUAGAGGAGUCAAUGCCGCUAGGCAAUCAUCCGAAACCCCUCCCAAGCCAUUGACUUUUACCGAAAAAUUGAGGUUGAAGAGACAAGGCAACCUUGCUUAA